AUGUCAACCCCGGCCCGAAAAACCCCGAAAGGAGGCCGAAAGCGGGGUGGCAAUGGUGUGAAGAAGGAGAAACUGGAAACUGAAACGUAUAGUUUCACAAAAUCCCAGCUCCAACAGCUGCUCGUAAAAGCGAACGCGAAAUCGGCCAGCCACCAAGAAAAUCAAGAUCCAGAAGAAGAGAAAGAUGAAGACGAUGAAUACGAGGAAGCCGGUGAAACAAGCAACACCUACCAAUCGGGAAUUUCGGAUGACGACGAUGAAAACCGGGCAAACCAUCACGUCAAUGGCAUUUGCCCUAUCCGAAUAUAGGAAAGGAAUUGGUGCGAACUGCGCCGCAUUCGAUUGGUCGCUUCAACAUGAGCUGUGUGCAUUCCAGAUUUUUGAAAUCUGAAUCUCGAAGAACUCGGAUCGAUGUGAGGAACAUCACCGCCGAAUUCGUCAUCAACAAUUUGAUCGGGGAACCUGCCCUGAGUAUUCUUGGAUUAAGUGGAGAACAACAUAAUGUGCAGGAGAUCUUCAUAGCUGGACUAAAACCAAUGAGAUGUCCAAUCGCAAGAUUGAUCCAGAACGCGGCAAACUUUUGGGUGGCCGCUAAAAUUCCUCCAGAGCUCCUCCACACCUUCAGUAUCUACCCCAAUUCGGUGAAUCCUCAGAUUCUUCCAGGAAGACUUCUCAAUUGGCCUAUCAGUAAGCUAUUCUUGUCCAAUUCGUUUCAAAACAAAAAUGACGUUUUUUACAAUAUUCUACAUAUUGUAUCCGGAUUCGAAGGACAGUUCCCGAGUGCGGAUUUUGGAGAUAUUUUCUCCCGACAGGUGGACCAAAAAUUCUUGAACGCACGAAGAAAGAUGAGCCAGGAAAAGGUAACACCAUCACACUGA